UUAGAAUACAAUGAUCACUGAAUGUUUAGCCUUGUUCAUAAGCUUUUGAAAGACGCACUAUGCAACAUUUUAAAACACUUCUUCUGUUUCUGGAAUACAGCUGACAAAACAACAGCUUGCCGGCUUGUGUCUGAGGAUUGUCCAGUUUUUAUCGGACAAGCUGAUGCAGAUCAUCAUCCCAGGUCUUUACGAACUACUGGGCAUCCAAGAUGCUGCCUCCUCUCCAUUGUCACAGAGAUCUCUCACAGCGUCACUCACCAGUCUGUUAGACGAUAAGGUUAACACCAAGUCCCGCGUGAGAUUUACUGAGGCUGGUGUACCUAAGAGGCCAGGCAGUCGAAAGUCUUACAAUAGCUUUCGCAUCCCGACUCCCUACCCUUCCUCCAACUGUAUGGAUCAGGAAGAGGAAGAAGAGCAGGAAUCACAACAACUUAAGUUCAAGGAGAUGUACCUGACUAAGGAGAUGGGCAGUCUGGGCAGUGGAAGCUACUGCCCAAAACCAUUGCCCAAGCCAGCCAUGAGAACCUCUCUGUCUGAUGUGCAGAAGAAGACAACCAACUCUGACUCGCUACAAGUCCUCUUAGGUGUCUCAGAGGACACCCUCGUCACCUGUGUGCAGGACAGCCUGCAAGGUUCUCUCUCCAAACUUGCAUGCAUGUCCAAUUCUCCAUCUGGAAGUGCAGGCUCUCCGAAGAUGACCCCUGCUGUAAUGGCAGAAGUGAUUAAAGAUGUCAAGUCGGCCGUAUCAGUGGUCGUUAAGAGUGCCUCCGCUAGCCAAACCUCUCAAGUGACACCGGUAAGGGGAGACUCACAGACCAAGGUGACUGAGAGCAUGGUGAGAGAGCUGGCUGCUAAACUUGAAAAAGUUGACCAAGAGAGCAAGAGUCUAACAGGGCAAGUCAUGACCAUGAUCUCUGACACAAUGGUGGCUUUUGUUGACGAGAACGAACAGAAUUUGCUGAAAGAUCUGAAGGACAAGAUCACGUUUUUGGCAUCGCAUGUUGGCUUCAUUGACGAUCUUGAUGCCCUGAUAAGGAAAUACGAGAGCAGCUACAACAUUGGUGAAUCUGGUUCUUCCUGCACGCUCACAUCUAAGAGCAUCCAAAAACUCUCCAGCCGGGAGUUUCAAACAUCAGCAAUACAAGCAGUGAGUGGAGUUCUUGCCAAAAAAGUCAGUAGUUUGAGCUUUCCUAGUUCAGUCGUUCAGUCUGAGUUAACAGGUGCUGUAUCAGGUCAAACAUUGUCUGGCAUUGUAAAGACAGAGUCAAUUCACCCAGUGGGCUCAGCAGCGUCAGUAGUUGUUAAGACUUUCGUGUCAGAUAUGAAGUCCUUGGCUGAAUCUGAGAGUCCCCAACAGAAGAGUGCCUGGUCUGCUGCUGUUCACAUUUACCACAGCAUCCAAAACAACUUGAAAGAUUAUUUCGGCAAGCUUCAGCGAUGUGCCUUAAAGAGCAUUGUCACAUCUGAUGAUAACAUCACAAAUGCUGAGUUUAAGGAGACAGUUCCACUUCCUUGCUUAGACAUGAAAUAUAGCCCA